AUGUGGCUCUGUGCUCUCUUUCUGGUUUCUCUUGCUGCUUCCACAGCUUGGGGGCACCCGUCUGCACCACCUGUGGUGGACACCGUGCAUGGCAAAGUCCUGGGGAAGUUCGUCAGCUUAGAAGGAGUUGCACAGCCCAUGGCCGUCUUCCUGGGAAUCCCCUUCGCCAAGCCCCCUCUUGGAUCCCUGAGGUUUGCGCCACCACAGCCUGCAGAGCCAUGGAGCCACGUGAAGAACACCACCUCCUACCCUCCCAUGUGUUCUCAAGUCACAGUGGAUGAUUCACUACUCCAGGUGCUCAAUACCAACAAGGAGAAUGUUUCUCUUGACAUUUCUGAAGACUGCCUUUACCUGAAUAUCUACACUCCCGCUGACUUGAUGAAGAAAAGCAGUCUGCCAGUGAUGGUGUGGAUCCAUGGAGGUGGCCUGGUUUCAGGUGUGGCAUCCAUCUAUGAUGGCCUAACCCUCUCUGCCCAUGAGAACGUGGUGGUGGUGACCAUUCAAUACCGCCUGGGCAUCUGGGGAUUCUUCAGCACAGGAGAUGAACACGGCCGAGGGAACUGGGGUCACUUGGACCAGGUGGCUGCGCUGCACUGGGUCCAGGACAACAUUGCCAACUUUGGAGGGAACCCAGGCUCUGUGACCAUCUUUGGAGAGUCAGCAGGAGCUGAAAGUGUCUCUGUUCUUGUUUUGUCGCCCCUGGCCAAGAACCUCUUCCAUCGAGCCAUUUCUGAGAGUGGUGUGGCCCUCAGUCCUGGUUUAUUCAGGAAAGACGUCAAGCCCUUGGCUGAGCAAAUUGCUAUUGCAGCAGGGUGUAAAACCACCACCUCGGCUGUCAUGGUUCACUGCCUGCGCCAGAAGACAGAGGAUGAGCUCUUGGAGACAACACUGAAAAUGAAAUUUUUCACUCUCAACUUAGUUGGAGACCCCAAAAAGAGCUACCUCUUCCCACCCACUGUGGUUGAUGGGAUGCUGCUGCCAAAGGCACCUGAAGAGAUUCUGGCAGACAAGAGAUUCAACAGGGUCCCCUACAUCGUGGGAAUCAACAAGCAAGAGUUUGGCUGGAUCCUUCCAACGCUGAUGAGCUAUCCACUCUCUGAUGGCAAACUGGACCAGAAGACAGCCACAGAACUCUUGUGGAAGUCCUACCCCAUUGUCAACAUCUCGAAGGAACUGACUCCAGUGGCCACAGAGAAGUAUUUGGGAAGGACUGAUGAUCUCAUCAAAAAGAAAGACUUGUUCUUAGACUUGAUUGGAGAUGUGUUAUUUGGUGUCCCUUCUGUGAUUGUGGCUCGUCACCACAGAGAUGCUGGAGCCCCCACCUACAUGUAUGAAUUUCAGUAUCGUCCAAGCUUUUCUCCGGACAUGAAACCCAAGAUGGUGAUAGGGGACCAUGGGGAUGAGGUCUUCUCUGUCUUUGGAGUCCCAUUUUUCACAGAGGGUGUCUCAGAAGAGGAGGUCCAACUGAGCAAAACUGUGAUGAAAUACUGGGCCAACUUUGCUAGGAAUGGGAAUCCCAAUGGGGAGGGGCUUCCUCGCUGGCCAGCAUAUGACCACAAGGAAGGUUACCUGCAGAUUGGAGCCACCACCCAGGCAGCCCAGAAGUUGAAAGAUAAGGAAGUGGCUUUCUGGACUGAGCUCUGGGCCAAAGAGGAAGUGAGAUCACACCAGACAAAACACACUGAGCUGUGA